AUGAUCCAUCCGAAAUCGACAUCACGGUCUCUUGCCCAAGCUGCCUUGGAGCAGAUCAAGGACCACCCUGUAAUUGCCGGUACAGUCGGCAGCGUCGUUCUUACGCCCAUCUUGGGUCCUGUCGUCCUAUGCAGUACUUUUACAAAGUCUGAGUUGUGGUUGAUUCCGUUGAAUGUAACAUCCAAGGCCGCGAAGCUCGCCCCGCACAGGGCUCGCCCUCCCUCGCGAGCGGGCCAAGGUCUGAGUGACGCACCCCCGACGGCUCCAGCCGAGCCCGACCCUAGCUGUAACCAGCCGCGCGGCGUACCAGAAACGCCCCCAGCAACGGCCUUCAUCCGUCUGCGACCCCACGGAGGGACAAGGGCGGAGGGGAACCCGAAGACAUCCCUCCAAGCCGUCGAUCCGGAUCGAGUGGACGAGGGCCCCGGUGGCGCUGGGCUUGCAAGGCGCCGCGGUGCCCGGGCGCGCGACCGCCGAUCUGCGCUUGUGCGAUCCUCCGCCGAGCCCCUCGUGGGUCGCGGGCGUGCGGGGGACAGUAUGGCGGCGCCUUGGGACUACCACUAGUUUCUUUGGUGCCGCCAACAGCCUGCCCCUCGCCGCGAAGGACUGCGAAAGUGCUGUGAUGCCGCUUCUAUAGCCGAGCUCAAGAUGCAUUCCGUCCUUUGGCUCCACACUCGUGCAGAUCGGUGCGCGCCCUUGAGUGCAAUUCGCGGCUCACUCCCUGCAGCAGCGCACUGGUAUAGUCGCUGCGGUGUGCUCUAUGUGCACCGCUAUGCGUCUAUACGCGCUGCGGCAAGUGAAACUCGAUUCAGACUACUCUGGGUCUGCUGCCAAUUUUUCUAUACCCUCUCCGGCUUGCUGGAGUUCAGACACACGUCUUGCGGUAAUGUGUAUUGUACUAAUGUAAAUAGAUAGACAUGAACAUCGUCUUGGUUUCGCCAUUUUCGUGAU